AUGUAUUAUUUCUCCAAGUACUUUGAUUUAUUAGUUAGAGUAAUAUUCGUUACCGUUUUUCAUGGCAUUGUGGCGUUAGUCACCGGUGCUGCAUCGGGUCUUGGAGCUGGUACAGCGCGACAUCUUCUCGAACAUGGAGCAAAAGUAGUCAUUAUGGAUUUACCGCAAUCGAAGGGUGUGGAAUUGGCGAAGGAAAUGGGACAAAAUUGCUUAUUUACUGCGGCUGAUGUGCGGUCUUCAGCAGACGUGUCCAGUGCAUUCCGUACUUUGAUUGAUAAAUUUGGACAGUUGGAUGCUGUUGUGAAUUGUGCUGGUGUAUCAUAUCCAUUCAAGCUGUAUAACUUGCAGAAGAAAAAAGCUUGCGAUGCAGAACUCAUUCGUAAAACAUUCGAUGUUAACGUUUUCGGUACUUUCAAUGUUAUACAGCAGGCACUUGAAACAUUUGCGCUUAAGAGCAAGGAUAGCUUGGGUUUUCGUGGUGUUAUUAUCAAUACAGCAUCUAUAGCAGCUUACGAUGGGCAAGUAGGACAGAGUGCUUACGCAGCUUCCAAGGGAGCCAUUGUAAGUGCAACGCUUGCUUUUGCUCGUGACUAUGCGGAAGAUGGAAUACGAUUCAUGACAAUUGCACCGGGGCUUUUUGACACUCCGCUUAUGAGUGGGCUUCCUGAAAAGGUACGAACUUUUCUAGCCGAUAUGAUUCCACUCCCGAAUAGGUUGGGUAGUUCAGAAGAAUUUGGUGCCUUGGUCCGUCAUAUCAUCGAGAAUCGGUACUUAAACGGGGAAGUGAUACGUCUUGAUGGUGCCUUGCGGAUGCCUCCCUAA